CCCCUCUUAGAUGGUGAUCAGACACAGGGCCACCGAUCAAGGGCCCUGUUUCUGUCUCGACCAUUCUCCAUCCACACCAAAAUGGCCACCCCACGAAGUACCCCCAGUAUGAACGUCCCCGCGACCCAAAACACCGCACCGGUGAUCCGCUUCCGCUGCCUCUACACCUAUGACAUGCGACGCAAAGCCAAGCGCUGGCAAGAUGGUUUUCUCCGAUACCACACCUUCAACAAACGCAUCAUGGUAUACGAUGUCGCCGGUAACUACGUGGGCGACCACCACUGCCGACAGGAUGAGGGCAUCCAGGACGGUGACGAACUGGAGCUGGACAACGGCGCCCUGAUUGAAGUUUGCGAACCGGUGGAGAGAACAGAGACCGACCUGUCGGGGUUGCAUAGUAACAAAAGAAAAGGUCAAGGCUCACCGUCUCAACGACCCGGAGGGACACCAACCCCUACAACAGUCGUCUAUAAUUCCUCUACCCCCGCACGACCUUCUUUGCCCUCCCAGCAGAAACCGACCCGCUCAUUGAAUGAUCUUCUGGGUAUCAAGAAAACUCCGACUCCGACACAGCGCGCAGGUUCGCCUCAGACGGGUCCUAGACAAAGCCAUACAUUGCCGGUGAAUGGGAAGGAGAACGAGCAGGUGGAUUACCCUGCGAAACGCAAAAAGACAGAGACCGCGUCCGAGAAGGUAGCCCGUCGGCGUGAACCAACAAGCGUCGAUUUGACAGGACCAGAACCGCAGACAUCAAAAAGACAGACAGAGACAACAUCAAUCGCACACUCUAUAACAACUGACCCAAAGAACUACACCACAGCCCCUCCCAUAUCUCAUUUGAAACCCACUCACCAGGUCAACAAUAUACCCCAGCGAAAGCAGACCGCUCCCAAUCCUCCUCCCAAACCCCGAGAACAACCCCAACCCAAACCUCCAACACCAGAACCAGAACCAGAACCAGAACCACCAAGAAACAACGACCCCCCAGCCAACAUCCUCCGUCUUCCCAGCAAAACUAAACCCUCCCGCAAGAAACUCAUGUACCAUACCAUCCUAGCUCAACAGCAGCAUAAACCACACCAACAACAAGAACCCCAACAACAGCCACAACCACAUCCACAAUCAGAAAACGACAAUAACAACGACCCCAUAGUACUAUCAGAUGACGACGAUAAUGAUAGCCCACCACCUUCGCCCCCUCCGCGCCCGCAACACGAUACCACCACCAUACCGACAACAACUACACCAAAACCACCUCAAUUCCUAAAAGCCGGAACAGAGCGCAGAACCGCCUCCCUCCAAAAAGCGCACUCUGACCCUACAGCCUUUACUCGCUUCAACUUGACCACCAAUACCACCACCAACAAUGCCCGUCCUCCCCCACAACAACAUUACAAUCAUCGCCGUCGAGCAUCAGAGAGCGGUAACAGCCCUCUAGAUACAACUGACAAUAACAAUACCAACGAAGAAGAACCAGACACCGAUGGUGGCCCAUGGACAUGGGAAGCUCAGUAUCUAUUCGACUAUUGGCCGGCUGGACGGGCGAAGCCGACCAAGACUUGUUAG